CGGGCGCAGCUUUGCCGCCGUGGGGUCGUGCUCCACACCGCCACCUGGACCGGCCCGCAGGGAAGAGGCGGAGGCCCGGGAGUCAUGGGUGACUGGGGCUUCCUUGAGAAGCUUCUGGACCAGGUCCAAGAGCACUCAACUGUGGUGGGCAAGAUCUGGCUGACAGUGCUCUUCGUCUUCCGCAUCCUCAUCCUGGGCCUGGCAGGCGAGUCCGUGUGGGGCGACGAGCAGUCCGAUUUCGAGUGUAACACAGCCCAGCCAGGCUGCACCAACGUCUGCUAUGACCUGGCCUUCCCCAUCUCCCACAUCCGCUACUGGGUGCUGCAGUUCCUCUUUGUCAGCACGCCCACCCUGGUCUACCUGGGCCACGUCAUUUACCUGUCUCGGCGGGAGGAGCGGCUGCGGCAGAAGGAGAGGGAACUCCGGGCACUGCCAGCCAAGGACCCCCAUAUGGAGCGUGCCCUGGCCUCCAUAGAGCGGCAGAUGGCCAAGAUCUCGGUGACAGAGGAUGGUCGCCUGCGGAUUCGAGGGGCGCUUAUGGGCACCUAUGUGACCAGCGUGCUCUGCAAGAGUGUGCUAGAGGCGGGCUUCCUAUAUGGCCAGUGGCAUCUCUAUGGCUGGAACAUGGAGCCCCUGUUUGUAUGCCAGCGCCCGCCCUGCCCCAACCUCGUGGACUGCUAUGUCUCACGCCCCACAGAGAAGACCAUCUUCAUCAUCUUCAUGCUGGUGGUCGGACUCAUCUCCCUGGUGCUUAACCUGCUGGAGCUGGCGCACCUGCUGUGUCGCUGCCUGAGCCGGGGGAUCAGGGAGCGGCAGAGCCAGGAGCACCCCCCAGCCCAGGGCGCCUCCUCAGAGCCUUACACUGACCAGGUCUUCUUCUACCUCCCCAUGGGCGAAGGGCCCUCAUCCCCACCAUGCCCCACCUACAAUGGGCUUUCGUCCAGUGAGCAGAACUGGGCCAAUCUGACUACAGAGGAAAGGCUGGCUUCUUCCAGGCCCCCUCUCUUCCCAGACUCACGCCCUCAUGGUGACCAGAAAUCCCCCAGUCGCCCCAGCAGCUCUGCUUCCAAGAAGCAGUAUGUGUAGGGGUCCUGGAAGUCUAGCUGCCUGAGAUGCCCCUUCCAAAAGUCUCUGCAGGGAUGACUAGGGCUGAUGGAAGCAGGUGCUUGCUGGCCAGUGGGCCAGGUGGUUCUUGAAUACCUUGUACCUUUCUGGUGGCCAGAGGGCACCGUAGUUCCCCUUCAGUGUGUGGCUUUGCCCCAGGCACAAAGCCAGCUUGAGGUAUUCCUGACCAAGGGUGUUAUGGGCCCUCUUGCCUUUUUCACCUGGUUCAGAGGGACCUGGAGCCAAUUCACCCCACCUCACUUCAUGGUCAACCCUCCUCUGCCUAGAUUGCCCUCACAACUUGUCCUCACAGGGAAAGGCUGGUGGAGGCUGCAGGGCCAGCCUUGAGGGCAGACAGAGCCUGCGCUGGACCUGGCCUGUCAGGGGGUUGGUGUCUUGAUCUCCUCACUCCUUCCUAGUUGUGCUGUUUAUGCUUCUAAAAUAAACAGGAACUUAAUCACCAGUUAGGUGCGUAAUGAUGCUGUCUCAGAUGGGCCUGGGGAGGGAUACUUGCUGGUUCUGCUGGGGCUUCCCUUUUGCUCCCGCAUAACCUGUCUUUGGUCUCAGCAACCCAACUGCUGCCAGCACCUGAAACCCACAGAUUCCUCCAUGCUGCCGCUCAGCUGCAAGUGCUAAACACCCCCUGCCUUAGGAGAUGUCUCAGGCACCACCCUCUCUCCGGCCCCCCAGCCCUUGCAACGUGGCUGUCCCCAUCCUGGGGCUGGGGCCAGGGACUAGACCUCUGGCGAGACUGAGGCAAAACACCAGGGCAAAAGGGCUGGAGUGAGGACGGUGUGGGGGGGAUGGGAAAACCCAGAUUGGGGCAGCAGCCAAUGAAGUGUGACUGUAAGCUCAUUCCCUAGGGGGUCGAAACAAAGUACGACAGCCUGGGUGGCUUCCAGGCCAGAAAUCUGUUCUCUCACCGCUCUGCAGGCUUGAAGUGCACAGUGUUGGGGGGGCUGGUUCCUUCUAAGGGUUGGGAUGGAGAUUCUGCUCCCGCCUCUCCUCACUUCUGGCAGGUGGCUAACAAUCUAGUGUUCCUUAAUGGACGUAUCACCUCCACCUCUGCCUGCACCUUCUCAUAGCUUUCACCUGUGCAUGUGGAUGGCUCUGUCCUCAUUUCUUUUUAUGAGGACACCAGCUGUAUUGGAUUAGGCCUACCCUAACAACUUCAACCUGAUUACCUCUUUGAAGUCUCUAUUUCCAAAUUAGGUCACAUUUGGAGGCACUAAGGGUUAGGACUUCAGCAUUCCUUUGGGGUAUGUCAGCCCCAUUGGCCCUACUGACCCCACCUCGCCUCCAGGCCCUGGUGGGAGAGGCCAAGCAGAGUGUUAAGUAUACAUUGCACUCAGGGGUCUCCUUGGUGAUGCAGCCUGAUUAGAAGACAACAAAUUCACCUCGCACUUCUUCCUCCACCUCCUUCUUCCUUCCUCCAGCCUAUCCCCUCAACUCCACCAAAAUCUAAGUUGAUAACAGGCAACUCUCAGUCACAGAAAGAGCCAAGAGAUUUGAUCUGUCUCCCACGCAUCACAUUCCCUUGACUAUAUUCCUCCCCACUGUCUGGGCCUCAUUUUCCCCACUGUGAAAUGAAAGGGUUGGAUGAGAACAGGUAUAUGGUGAUUGGGUGUGAGGAAUCAUUGGUCUGAAGUUCAUGCUCAUGUACUAUUUUCCAUGAAUCAAAACAUUCAAAGUUAUUACUGUAAGAUCAAAUCCAGUCACUUGAAUUCACAUUGCCUUCCUGAGUAGGAAAGAAAAGGAUGAGGUUAUGUGGAGUACACUGGAAAUUUUGCAUAACCCAAGGUCAUCUUAUCUGUGAUUUAUGGGAGUAUGUGAACGUCACAGACUGUACAAAAACAGAGUUGUUGGGUGGAUGAUAUCAAAACUUCUUCCCAGUCUAACGUGCUGGCUCACUGACCAUCAGGCUGCUGACCCCAUUCUACCACUGACCUCCAUUGCCUUGUCUAGAGAGCCUGCACUUCCUUUCCACACCAGCUUCAGCACCACCACCAACAUUUACAGAAAGAGCUAUCCAUCACAGGAUUGUUGGAACUCCUUUCUCCAUCUUACAGCUGUUCUUCUACCAGCCCUGAUGCUGACCCCAAAGACCACACAAGGUUCAACAACUCUGUCCUUCCCAGACAAGCAGCACAGUCCCAAGCAAAUAGCCACCAGGUCAGCCCUUAGCCUGCUCUUCUAUUCCUCCUGUUCACUCUGAUUUCCAGAAGGCACUGGCCAACCUGCAGUUCAUCUAUUUUCCUCUCAGCAUAUGCCAUCUUCCCCCAGAUAUCAUAGAUAUCCUAGAUACCAUACUCCAUGAGAUUAUCACCUCUCUUGUCUCAAACUUCUACCUCUAUUAAUGUAAGCAAAGAUUACGUUAACUUUUCUACUUUCUUCUUUUCAUAUGUAGAAUUUAUUUUCAAAUUAUGGUGGUAAUGAAUCAUUAUUGUAGACAAUGAGACACUACCAUUCAGGGGUAACAACUGUUAAUAUUCAGAAGACAUCCCUUCCAGUUUCUUCCAUGCAUUUUAUAAAUAAAAUCUGAGUAAAGGCAUACCUACAAUUUUGUCUUCUGCUUUAUUCAUUUUAUAUUAAGUCAUAACGCUUUUCCCUAUGUCAAGUAUUUUUGGAAACAUCACUUGGUGACUUUAUUGUCAUCAACAUGAGACUA